AUGGUGAGAACAAGGAAUGCAACUACGGUUUCUUCCCCGAGCAAGGACAAAGGGAAGGCCAUCAUUGUAGCUCCACCUGAGUCAUCGGACAACUCGCACCACUCGGAUUCCGAUUCGGCGGAAGAGACUACUCCAGGUGGCCACGUACAAGCGACUUGCGCCCAAACUAUACCUAAUCCCCGAGCUAUCGAGUGGGCGACGAUGAAAGCUCUUCAUAUCGAUGAACAAGUUCGGAGUUAUUUGAAAGUACUUAACUUGGAGAAGUACGCGAACCGUGAUAAUUUCACUGCCUUCCGGAUGCUCACCCUGGAAUGUUUUAGCACCAUUGAGAUGCACGAUAACGGAAACUACCUCACUUGUCGCUUGGACGGGAAGGAGGUCAAAAUUACGGAUAAAGUUCUCUGUGAUAUCUACGGUUUGAAAACAACGGGUGCCCGCAAGAAACCGGGAGACUUCCAGAUUGACAAACAUUGGGCCUCCUUUUCACCAUGCAAGACUUUCCAUAAAGUCGGGCCAUCGGCGGGGCUAAUCAAGGAGCUUCCCAUUGCGGUCGUGCAUAAGUUCCUCUCCUACCACAUCUUCGGAAAAAAAAGAGGCGGACAAGGUAAGUGA